CGCGGCGGCCGCCGGCCCACCUUGAGUGGGCAGGUUCGGUGGCUGCGGUCGGUCUCGUGCGAUUCCGCAGCCGACUCGACCGUAAACUUUUUAUUUAUUAGUGAGCAGUCUACUUCGAGACCGUGCGUCGUUGUGUCAAUCGGACUGUAAACAUGUCUCACCCGAAGACGGCGUGGCGGUGUGUUAAUUUAUUAUUGUUUAUAGCGACGUGUGAAGCGGUACUCUCCGGUUUGUACAUCGACAAUGGCGUGGAUCAAACUGUUAUUCAUCAUUCAAUGACACGCCAUGAAAGACUGCUAGUCGAACAUGAAAUUCUGGACCUCUUGGGUCUGGGAGAGAGACCUCGACGCACCAGUGCGCCGCCUCUGGACCGGUCGGCUCCAAGUUUUCUGCUGGACGUGUACAAGCAGCUAGCAGAAGAACAUGAGCAAGCUCGGCCGACACGAAGCUCUGAAAUGGCUUUAAGUGGCGAAGAACAGCAAGCCAUUGACGAAAGUGAUUUAAUAAUGACAUUUCAAAGUAAAAAGCAUCACUUAGGAGCUUUGCGUCACGGUCAUGGACGGCAUGUGUGGUUCGAGGUGUCCGCUGCGCCUAGUGACGCGUCCUCCUUGCUAACGGCCGAGCUGCGCGUCCACCAGGCUGCCAAGCACACCGACGAACCCACCAGUCUCUACACUGUUGUCGCCCACAGGGUCUUAAGCGUCGAUAAUGUCGGGGGCCUACAAAUGGAGCGCGUGGCCGCGGUGAACACAAGCGCGGGCGCGGAGGGCUGGCUGGAACUAAACGUGACUAUGGCGUUGCGCGCCUGGCUCACAGAACCCACGGAGAAUAGAGGCUUCUUCAUCACUAUCCACCCACAUUCGCAACCAGAACGUCACGUGAAGCCAGAAGAAAUUGGUCUUGAUGAAGCUCGUGGGUCAGGCGCUGAUGGGAAACAGCCCUUCCUCGUGGCGUUUUUCAAGAACGGGCCCAAGCUAGGCGGCUGGGACGCCGGGGCGCGCCGCAAGCGGGAAGCGAGGCGGUGGAGAACACACGGAUAUACUGACAAUUAUCUGAGGAAUCCUUUGACCGACACGUCGCAUUGGACGACCAGGAGCUGCGAAAUCCAAACAUUGUACGUUAGUUUUAAGGAUUUGGAAUGGCAAGACUGGAUUAUAGCCCCUGACGGCUAUAGCGCGUACUACUGCAGCGGAGAAUGCAACUUUCCACUCAACGCUCACAAAAAUGCUACAAAUCACGCCAUCGUACAAACAUUGGUGCAUUUAUUAAAUCCAACACAGGUGCCGAAGCCGUCGUGUGCGCCGAUCAAGCUGGCGACAAUAUCUGUGCUGUACUACACUGAUGACUCUAACGUCAUACUGCGAAAAUACAAGAACAUGGUUGUUAAGACUUGCGGAUGCCAUUAGAAUUUUUAUUUUAUCCUGUUUAAACAUAGAAAUGUAGAAUUUUGAAUGAAGCAUAUUUAAGGCGCUCUGGGAUAGAACAUUUAAAAAUGAAGUCUUUUGAAAGAUGCGCAAUUUGAUACCAGAGCGCCUUAAUUGUUAUGCAUACAAUGGAACGUAAUUAAAAAGGUACAAAGUUGAUAUUAUUUACUGUAUGUCCUGCUAAUAUUGUAUGUGCCACUUAUAUUAUAAUUUGUUUUAGAAAUUAGUCGCAUAUGAUACAAGAUCAAUUCUUAUUAUAAGUUAUUAUUGUUAAGAAUUCUAUGUGCCAAUUUGAAUAUAAAGUCAGUAAAAUUAUUUAAUUGAUAGUGUAGCCAUGAUGUGGAAUUAUAUGUGUACAAUUUUAUCGAAUACAAGUUUAUUUUUAAUUG